CAUGGCUGCUCUCAGCAAGUCCAUACCGCAUAGCUGCUAUGAGAUAGGACAUACAUGGUCUCCAUCCUGUACAGUUUCAGCACUGCAAGUUACGGCAGCAGCUCUAGAGGCUUCUAUCAAAAUAUAUGCACCGCUGUAUCUAAUUGCAGCUGUCCUACGAAGAAAGAAAAAAGACUACUAUAAGAAGAGGCUUAUCCCUGAAAUCCUGCAGUCUGUAUCGUUCCUUACUACAAAUGGAGGCCUGUACAUCGUCUUUUUCUGCAUACUUAGAAAGCUGCUGGGCCGUUUCUACUCCUGGUCAUCAGGCUUUGGAGCUGCACUGCCAGCUUCCUACAUCGCUAUUUUGAUAGAGCGCAAAAGCAGGAGAGGACUUUUAACCAUAUAUAUGGCAAACCUGGCAACUGAGACAGUAUUUCGGAUGGCUGUCACACGAGGCAUCGUUAACCCUUUAAAACAUGGAGAGGUUCUCCUUUUCUGUAUCACUGCAUCACUUUACAUGUUUUUCUUCAGGUGUAAAGAUGGCCUCAAGGGUUUUGCUUUCUCAGCAUUGAAGUUUAUUGUAGGGAAGGAGGAGAUCCCCACACAUUCCAGCUUAGCUGAGUUGCCCGGUGUGUCUCGCUCAGAAGGGUCAACGUUACCACCAACAGCUGUGGAACAAACUUCAUCCUAUGGAAGGACUAUCGCUGAUCUGACACGCAGGCUGCUAGACACUCUAUGCAAACAUGGACCCAGACAUAGGUGUUGCAAACACCAUCAAGAUAACUGCUUCUCCUACUGCAUCAAAGGAUUCAUCCGCAUGUUUAGUGUGGGUUACCUCAUCCAGUGCUGUUUGAAGGUUCCAUCAACAUUUAGGCAUGUUUUCACCCAACCGUCUCGUCUUCUAUCGCUACUCUACAAUAAGGAGAAUUUCCAACUAGGAGCCUUUCUUGGUUCUUUUGUCAGCAUUUACAAGGGAACCAGCUGUUUACUUAGGUGGGUGCGUAACCUUGAUGAUGAGCUCCAUGCACUUAUAGCAGGAUUCCUUGCCGGCAUGUCCAUGUUCUUCUAUAAGAGCACUACCAUCUCAAUGUAUCUCUUUUCCAAGCUUGUGGAGACCAUGUACUUCAAAGGCAUUGAAGCAGGACACUUCCCCUACUUUCCUAAUUCUGACACAGUAAUCUAUGCCAUCUCAACUGCCAUCUGCUUCCAGGCUGCGGUGAUGGAAGUGCAGAACCUGCGACCAUCAUACUGGAAGUUUCUCCUUCGACUGACCAAGGGCAGGUUUGCAUUGAUGAACAGAAAAGUGCUGGAUGUGUUUGGGACUGAGGCUUCCAAACACUUUAAGGACUUCACUCCCAAACUGGACCCCAGAUACAUGCUGUUUGCUCAUGGUGCGGAUGUGCAACUGGAUAAAUAAGCCAUGAGUGAGAGAACACUGCAGUGAUCACCUAGACAGCCUCCUUUAACAAAUGAUGUGAAUUGUAUGAAUGGCUAUAAAAUUUUGCCAUUGUCCAAAGUCAGUAUUAAAUUCUCGUAUUCGCACAUAAUCCUUGGAAUUUAAUUGGGACAACACCUUAGCAAGUUUCAACUGAUUGAAAUGUUGCCAGAUUUAAGGCAUUUUACGUUUUAAGGUGUACUUUUAUGCCUUUUGGCCUAAAUCAUUCAGGUGUAAAAUUGUGGCGUUGAGACCACAAUUUUGGAUCUAGUUGAAAUUCCGAAAAUCUGACAUAAUGCCUUAAUUUCAGAUGUGAUUUUAAACUCGAUUGUUUAGAGAUAGAAGAAGGUGUAACACUAUUCUAACUAUAUUUUGUGGAACAAGCUGGAUAUUAAUUUGCCCGAGUUGCCAUGUAUAAGCAACAGUGAAUGAACCACAUGUUUUUAAAAAGAAUCAGGUUUACCUCUGUGGUAGAAUUAAAUGUUAUAUGUUGGUUAACAUACUGACAUUUUCUGAAGUACAUAAAAUAUUACUGAAGGCAUCCGAGAGGAGACGAGUAAUAUAUUUUAAGUUGAACCCAACUUUCCCGAGAUCUGCACUGACAGGGUUCAUGCUUAGAAAGCAGGUUCGUAUAAUGAUUUACAUAGAAUGUGUGUAUAAUUAUAGAAACACUAUUGUAGCACAGAUAUUGUUUCUUAAUUUUAAUAAACAUGCAGUGAUUAUGUAUUUAAUUCAAAUUGUUUGAAAUUGUAAUUUAUGUAAAAUUAUUGAUGUUUCUAUAAGUAAAGAAUUAUAUAUUAAAAUUUCAA